AUGAUCAAAGCCAGCUCUACUCCAAUUGUAAUUCUUGUCCUGAGCCUGAUGGCUCUGAGUUCGGCAGAACCGCUCCGACGGAGAUUCUCCGCCCGGCAGGAACAGGCUCCACCCAGUCCUUCCCCCACGGGUUAUCCAGAGGCGGGAGUCACACCGAGUGUCCCUUUCGAUCUGCCCAGCUCGACAGUCAAGCCGGAGAACACUUACCUGCCACCGGAUAACACCUAUGGACCUCCUGAAAACACUUACGGACCACCAGAUAACACUUAUGGACCUCCAGAGGCCGAUUUCGCGCCGGUAGCUGAUCCCGAGUCGCAGCCGCAGCCUGAAAGUCCCCUUCCCGAGACCGAUGAUAUUCCAGAGACUGAGGACGAGUCGGUGGACAGCGCCAAGUUGCAGCCCGCUGAUGCGGACGCAGAGGAGGAUGAACCGCAGUUGGAGGUGUCUGAGGAUGGCGCUGUCAUCGUCGUGGCUAGCAGUCUCGACCAGCCACAGCCCGCCCAGUCCGCCCGGCUCUACCAGCGAUUCCCUCAGGGUCGCCGUUACCAGCAGCCCGUUCCCCAGCGACUGAUCCUGCGUCGCAGUUGGUAG